AACAAAUUAGAGAGAGAGAGAGAGAGAUUUUGUAGAGUGAAGGAGCUACCUGUGAUCAGACUCAAAACGUUUAAUCGGAUCUCAAUCAUGUUCAGAAGACUCGCGGUCCAGCUCCGCCAUCUCGGCCCGGCCCGAUCCGUUUCCAACCCGACUUGUCUGGCCUCCCGGCCGUCCAAUGCUCCGGAGAAUGUCCUUCUUUCAUUCCCCAUCUUGUCUCGCCAUUUUAGUACUGAAUCUGUUGCUAUCUUUUUCGUAUGCUGGCAGGAAGAACCUGCUGUGGUCAAGUCCUACUAUGACAAGAGAAUUGUUGGAUGCCCUGGAGUUGAAGGCGAGGACGAGCAUGACGUUGUUUGGUUCUGGCUGGAGAAGGGCAAGCCACAUGAAUGCCCAGUUUGUUCUCAGUACUUUGUGUUGGAAGUGGUUGGCCCUGGUGGAUCUCCCGAUGGGCAUUCAGACGAUGAUGAUCAUCACCACUAAGUGUAGUCAGGCCAUUUUGCUGCCAGAAUAAGUUCUGGUGAAAGAAUAUGUGUAAACAUUCUCGAGGCUUUUGAUUCUGUGUGCUUUUUUUGAUGCAUCUGUUUUUCUCACGAUUGCUCGGGUACAACUUUUACCUGUUUCUUGAUGGUUUUUUGGGGAUUGAAGAAUUUAGGCUGGUUUGUCAGUUGACAAUAUGAACUAGCAAAGAAUAAUUGCUGGCAACAAAACAUACUGUCUUGCCACUUUUAUUAUCUUCCCAACAAGAGGAUGGAUUGUCUUUUUUGUUUCAUUCUCUCACUUUUGUGUUCAAAAUUUUUCUCCUAUUGAAGAUCUUUGUUUGUCCUCAGUUUGUAUGCUCAAGUGAUGAGAAGGAAAUCCAUGAAGCAGUCUUGUCAAGACAAAAAUAUAUGGCAAGGGCCAUGUUUUCAUUUGAUUCUGUUUUUCAAUCUUAGUAGUUUGUCAAUUAUACAUGAUCAUUAGACAUUAACAUGCAUAUAUGAUAGUUUUGGUGCACAUGAGAUCGUGAUGGACAAUUACAUGAAAAAUAAAACAUAGUCGUUGAUUUACAA